AUGGCUACAGGCGGCGGAGAUGGUGUUGGAGCUAGUAGAGGUGGAGGAGCGGAAAAGAAGAAGCGGGGGCCUAAGCAAAAGAAUCCAUACAAAGGGAUUCGCUCUUACUAUACCCCGGUGGCUGCUGCUCGGGCCUACGUAGCCCUCUUUUACUUGCGAGGCCCGGCAGCCAAGCUUAACUUUCCCGACUGCGUGGUUGGCGAUGGCCACCACCACCAACUCACGCCAAAGGAGAUUCAGAAUCGAGCCACCUCAGUGGGAUAUAGGAUCGAUGCAAUUCAGAGGGGGCUACAUACAUCAUCUACCCAGAUGAGCGUUGUUGAUCACCACCCUGAGUCAGGUGUUUAUGUUACACCUGACUUGAACAAGUACCCUCACCUCGACUAA